AUGCCCGAUAGUGUCGAGGUGCGCGAAGCUGACAAUGGAGCCCCGCUCCAACGCGUUUCGAUACGAUGUCCCGCCUUGAAUGCCGAACGUCCAGCGAUAUGGUUCGCCCAGCUCGAGGGACAGUUUCAUCUAUCCGGGAUUAACGAUCAAGUAACGAGGUGUUACUAUACCUCGUCUCAUCUCGAUCCCAAGGCCGCUGCUGAGGUACAGGAUAUCCUCUUGAAUGUGCCUACCGAGACACCGUACACACGUCUCAAGGAGGCGCCCGGUGAACGCCUCACGCCCUCCCGAGACUGCUCGACCGAGAGGAGUCUCGACGACACGGUUCCUAACAAUAUUUUACGUACCAAGUGGCUCAGCCAACUGCCGAUGACGACGCAGUCCAUCCUGGCAUCACAAACGGACAUGGCUCUCGACAGGCUUGCAACACUCGCCGACAAACUGCACGAGAUUGCAUUGCCGGUAGCCCACAUCAAUGACGGCCAGGAGCCAACGUCCUCAGCCCUCGAGAUACGCUUUUCUCGUCUCGAAGCCACAAUCUGCGAGCUGGCAUCGGCCCUAAAAGGGCAAAGCGUCGCAGGUUCUCGCUCCCGCUCUCGAUCCCAUUCUCGAGCAACCUCGCCAGCACCCGGCAACAACCAGUGUUGGUAUCAUCGAAGACACCACGACAGGGCUAGACCUUGCAAAGCACCUUGCUCGUGGCAGGGAAACGCGCCGGCGGAUCGUUAG